AUGGAUACCGUUGCUGAAAUUUACGCAAAUUAUCGUCGAGAGUUGGAAGAGACGAUGGAUGGUUUGCGACAACGUGGACAAGCUUUUGGAGAAAGUGCACCGCAGAUGAUUGAAGAAACGAAGGGUCAGAUUGAACCGCAAACGCAGGAGCUCAUUGAAGCAAUGCAAGAUACGAGUGAUGUCUCUACACCUCAAAGGCGGGUUAUAGAGGUGUUCGCUUGGGGGUCGAUAAUGGUGUUGUUCGCCAAUAUAGGGCUCGGCUUCGGGUCAUACAUACUUGGCCCAAUUAUCUCCAUAUUUGUUGGCAAAUUUGGGGCUACUCUGGCUGCUUUCAUAGCUGUUCCGCUGUAUGCGCAUUAUGAAAUUAAGCACUUCACUGGUAGUGACGCUGGCAUUCGGUUCGAGUUACUUUCACUAGCAAUACUGCAAGGAGUGCUGACGGGGUUUGUUAUCGACAGCUUGUAUUUGAGCGCUACACCAUUCGCCGUACUCACACCAGCUAUUGUUACAGUAGCGUUUGCGGCAAUUUCUAGUACUGCUAAUGGAAAUCGUGUUACAUUGUUGGGCGGCUCUAUUGGGGCGGCGGUUGGAGUCAACUUUCUACUUGGGUUGAUAACUGGAAGUCUAACGUUUGUGUACUUCCUUCUGACGCUCACUUACGCUGGCCUUGCUGCAAUGACAAUGCAGCUUGUCUUCAAAAAAAUUAAAGGCGAUGCGCAAGGUCAUGCGUACCAGAACAUACUAUCGUGCAGUUUUAUAGUUGCAAAAGGAAUGUUCUACAUAUUGUUCGGCUCGUACAAUCAAGACGCGCAAGGUCAUGCGUACCAGAACAUACUA